UACACUGCUUUGGAAAUAUGACUUCUGCCAACCCCGACCAGCGCCUGGAGCAUCUCCUCAGCGCCGUGGAGAGCGAGUUCCAGAAGGGCAGCGAGAAGGGAGACGCGUCCGAGAGGGAUAUUAAACUGACGCUGGACGAUGCAGACUUAUGGAUCAAGUUCAAAGAGUUAACCAACGAGAUGAUCGUCACCAAAACUGGAAGGAGGAUGUUUCCGGUGCUGAGGGCGAGCGUGAGCGGCCUGGACCCCAACGCCAUGUACUCGGUGCUGCUGGAUUUCGUGGCCGCGGACAACAACCGGUGGAAAUACGUGAACGGGGAGUGGGUCCCCGGUGGCAAACCGGAGCCCCAGAGCCCCAGCUGCGUCUACAUCCACCCGGACUCCCCAAACUUCGGAGCGCACUGGAUGAAGGCGCCGGUGUCCUUCAGCAAAGUUAAACUCUCCAACAAACUCAACGGAGGCGGACAGAUCAUGCUGAAUUCUCUGCACAAGUACGAGCCGAGGAUACACAUCGUGAAGGUCGGAGGCAUCCAGAAGAUGAUCAGCAGCCAGUCCUUCCCAGAAACUCAGUUCAUCGCCGUCACCGCUUACCAGAACGAAGAGAUUACUGCCCUGAAGAUUAAGCACAAUCCCUUUGCCAAGGCCUUCUUGGACGCCAAAGAAAGGAGCGACCAUAAAGAAAUCACCGAUCACAGUGCAGACAGCCAACAGUCUGGAUACUCUCAGCUUGGAGGUUGGUUCCUCCCAGGCCAGAGUCCCAUCUGCCCCAGCAGCAGCCCUCCGCAGUUCAGCGGCACAGCGGGCCACUCCUCCGGCUCCUACUGCGAGCGCUACUCCAGCCUGAGGAGCCACAGGGCGGCCCCGUACCCCGGCCACUACGCCCACCGCACCUCCGGCACAAACAACUACAUGGACAACACUUCUGGGACUCUGCCCUCUCAUGACAGCUGGUCUGCUCUUCAGAUCCCCAACUCCACAGGCAUGGGCACUCUGUCCCACACCACCAACUCCACGUCUAACUCCAGUCAGUACCCCAGCCUAUGGUCAGUAGCUGGCACCACCCUCACCCCCUCUGGCUCGGCCUCAGGCUCCAUACCUGGAGGUUUGACCUCCCAGUUCCUGAGGGGCUCCUCCUACACGGGCCUCACCUCCUCGCUGCCCGUCUCCUCGCCCUCCUCCAUGUACGACCCCAGCCUGAGCGAGGUCGGCGUCGGGGACGCUCAGUUCGAGAGCUCCAUCGCCAGGCUGACCGCGUCCUGGGCGCCCGUGGCUCAGAGCUACUGAGCUACUGAGCAGCAGCUGACACUUGAACAUUGCUGAAGGCCUUAGGAGCAGGACUGAAGACAUAGGAAAUAAAAUAUCCUGGAGAAGAUGUGGAACUAUGCGCUCCAGAGCCUCUCAUUUAAGAAAGGUGUAAGUUUAGGCUGGAGUCAUGCUGAACAAAGCUGAUAUGCAAAGACAGGAACUGAAUGACAAUCAUCUCCCUCCAUGUUGGACAUGAUCACAGUAGAGUAUUAAGCCUUAGAACAGCUUCAUGGUCAGAACACCUUCUUUGCUCUUAGUAACAUGUUUAUUUCACCUUUUUAAAACUCAUUUAGCUCCACACCAAAAAAAAUGAACUGAACAAUCCCCCAUAUUUUUGUUUUUAUUCUUAGAUAUAUAAGAUGGAAAAAAAAAUUGGUUCUGCUAACAUGAAUGUGUAUAUGUGUGUAAAUAGAAUAAAUUAACGUCCAGUGUUUUCCGUAUAAAUGUGCCUUUUCUGAUUGCAAUAAAUGUUCCGAGUCCGGACUGAGAGACACAAGUGCCUUC